AUGGCUCCGGAGUUCCAGGUUGUGGCUUAUGCCAUCCUCCCCAGCAUGAAUGUGACUGCUCACAAGGCCGACUUCUUUACUGAGAAGUGCUUCAAGAAUAAGGUGUCGCUGGAGUUUUCCUGAUCAUCAGCUGUCGCAGGAGAGCAAACCAAAAUGCAGCUGACAGCUUAGCCAGACUCUCUGUGUGGUUUAAGUGCCAUUGAUCAGAGCGUUCUCAUCAAGGAGCCUGAGACACUAAAUGUAGAGAAGAUAUUUCACAUGCCACAUGUCAGGAGGGUGUCUUAUAUCCCGUAUGAGAUUCGAGAUCCCAUAGAGUGUUUACACGUGAGACCAAAAAGAUCCGUUUUGCCAUAUCCAUAUCCUGAAGAAGACACAAAUGCUGCCCAAAGAGUUUUUGAGAAUGUAGGACUGAAGAUGGCUACAAACUUGAUCUUAAAGCUGCCCACAUGCCUCAAAUUCAUGGGAAAAGAAUACUAUAGAGGUCUACGUGGUAUUUAUGGUGUUCAUGGAGUAGGUUCAAUGGAACGAUCUCCAGGUAGACCUGGUUCUGCUCGAACAUUCUCUCCUAUGGAUGCUGAACCAAUAGAAACAGUCCGCUCUUUCUUCCCUGAGACUUGGAUAUGGGACCUGGUGCAAGUCGGAGAGUCUGGAAAGAAGGAUGUGUCCUUCACCGUCCCAGACACCAUCACCACCUGGGAGACAGAGACUUUCUGUUUGUCCCCUCGAGGCUUCGGAUUGGCUCCUCAUUCGAAGCUUACCGUCUUCCAGCCCUUCUUCCUCGAGCUCACGCUGCCCUACUCCAUCGUCCGGGGGGAGAACUUUGAACUGAAGGCGACUGUUUUCAACUACCUGACCAGCUGCAUCGUGGUGAAAGUGACUGCAGCCCCUUCCUCAGAUUACACCCUCACUCCCCUCUCUGGUGACCAGUACACAUCCUGCCUGUGUGGCAGCGAGCGUAAGACCCUUAGCUGGACCAUGAUUCCCACAGCCUUGGGGGUUGUGAAUGUGACUGUGACUGCUGAGGCUGUACCGUCCCAUGCUUCUUGUGACAAUGAGAUUGUCAGUGUCCCAGAACGAGGACGCAUCGAUGUGGUCACACGAUCUCUCAGAGUAAAGGCUGAAGGAACUGAGAUCACGAAGACACACAACUGGCAUCUCUGUCCUAAAGGAAGCACUUUGAAAGAGGAAACGGAGAUGCAACUGCCUGACAAUGUGAUUGAUGGAUCUGCCCGUGCUACAGUGUCAGUGCUGGGCGACAUUCCCGGCCGGGCUCUGAAGGACCUGAAUGGACUGCUACAGAUGCCGUAUGGAUGUGGGGAGCAGAACAUGGCUCUUCUGGCCCCUAACAUCUACAUCCUCCAUUACCUACAAAGCACACAGCAGCUGACCCCAGCCAUCAAGGAGAAAGCAUCCAACUUCCUGACCAGUGUUAUUUUAUCUGCUAAGGAUGCUGUGGUGAAUAAGAGCCUGAUGUGCCUCAAAGAAUCCAUCAGUGGCCUCAGUAACACCUACACUUCAGCUCUGCUGGCGUACGUCUUCUCACUGGCAGGAGACAUGGAGACCCGUGCUCACCUUCUGAAGCACCUUGACACAGUGGCUAUAAAAGAAGGAGGUUUCAUCUACUGGUCUCAGACAGCAACAGAAACAUCUGACUCUUUGUCAGUGGAAAUCAGUUCUUAUGUACUGAUGGCCAAACUCAGUGCCCCCUUCUCUGCUGAGGACCUGGGCUACACAUCAAGCAUUGUUAGGUGGCUGACUGGGCAGCAGAAUCAUUACGGAGGCUUCGCCUCCACUCAGGACACGGUGGUGGCUCUUCAGGCUCUGGUGCUGCCAGCUUUCAUCUUUGACCCAAGGUGA